AAGAGCUGAGCUGUGAAUCGCUUGUUGAAAUACAUCGGACGAGGAUGAGUCAACACCAGAACCAACCGUAACUGAUACAGCAAUAUUUCCGUCCAGUUGUUAAAAAACUCGGCUAUCCACGUCAAUUAGCAACUAUGCAAGAUAUGGCAACAAUGCAACAACAUUCCAUCACAUCCCCGGCUCCAGCCUCAACAAUGCAAAACGAAGAUUCCGUAACCGAUGCAAAUUUUGGCGUCGAGAUUCAACACGAAUCAUCACGAACCGAUACUGAGAAUUGCGAAGAUACUCGACGUACAACGAAAGCAGCCAACGAAGAAGAAGACGAUGAUAAUGAACGCAAUACAACGAAUGAAACUACGUGUAGCAAUAAGAACUCUAGAAGCCAAAGUAUCGAAGCCAACGAAAAUGAAGCCUCAGACCUAAAAGACUUUGCGAAAAGCGAUGAAUCUCGAGGUAACAGUGAAGUAAAUUCCGACUCCAGGACUCGAACAGGAAGCGAGGAUGACCCAGACACCGAAGAGUGCGGAGACUCCGAGAUGAAGUUCUUGUGUCCGAUCUGCGACACCGUCCUCAGCUCGCAGCACGACUUCACCCUUCACAUUCGCUCGCACAACAACGAUGGCGAGAAUCUUCCGGUUGAUUGCUUGAAGACUUUCACAUGCAAGAUCUGUCAUAAGGUGCUAAGCUCCUCCAGUUCGCUGGACCGCCACGUUCUCGUGCACUCAGGGGAGCGGCCCUUCAAGUGUCUUAUCUGCGGAGUCGCUUUCACCACGAACGGCAAUAUGCAUCGCCACAUGAGGACUCACAACAAUCUGGCCUCCAAGUCGGAGAGCUCCAACAACUACGAGAGCGACGGUAGUACCGAUAGCAGUGGGUCUUUCAACAGCAAGAAGAGUCCCCUUUCCUCUCCUCCGCCUGGCAACAGCAUCACCAAGAAACGACGAGUCGGUAGCCACACCCCGUCGCCGACAGAUACAAAACCCUCAGGAUCUUCUUCACCAAGUGGCAGUGAAAACGGGAAUAAACGGAAAUUGCCCGAAUUGUUUCCAUCAGACGCUGCAGACAGUGGUGAAACAGCAAACAGAAGACGAAUUAAAGCGAUGCCAAAUAGUCAACAUGAUAUGCAAGGAUGUUCACCUGAGCAAAGUCUUCAUUGUCCCGUGUGCAACAGGGAAGACUUUGUAUCAUUGAACAUUCUGGAGACACACUUGGAAGAAAACCACCCGGAGUACCAGAUCCGCUGUAACGUCUGCGACCUGACAUUCAGGAAUAACCGAGCACUGAACUUGCACCGUCACAUGGCUCAGCACGACAAAGUCGGCAAGGGAACAAAAAGCAGUUCACAACAGCAUAAUUCUACCGUGCUUGGUUUCCACGAUCUGACGUUUGUGGAUUUCUCUAGCAAGAAAUUCCCCCACAUUGCUGUCGCUGUCUGCGAGAAGAGUCUACACAAGCCGUCCACUGCCAUGAAAUUCCAGUGUGACAAGUGUGGGCGUGCAUUCCCUUGCGCAACAGCUUUGAACAUCCACCAGAGGGACAGCCAUGGCCAUUGCAGUGAAAAUGAGGCCGAUCUCUCUAGCAACAGUGACAUCCCCACUGACCUCAGCAGCAACCGGAGGAGAGCGUCUUUAACCAUGAGAAGCUCUGAAUCAGAAGAAGAGAUUGAAGAACGUAAGCGCGAGGACUUCUUCGCAGGUCUAGAUUUGCAGAACAAAUCAGUUUCAUUGUCACCGCCAGGUCUGUUUGAACGCAGCCUUUCAAAGAAAGAAACUGUGUUUGAGACUUCGAUGCACUGCAGUCCGCUGAAUGGGGACAGAAAUGGGGAGAGUGGGAGAGACCUGGCAGACAUCCAGAGUAUUAUAUCUGUGACAUCUGCUAGAGGACUCAUUCAAGAUCUGUCUAAAUCACCUCCUCACACGAGCAUAAUGUCUCCUGAUUACGGAGUGCGAAAUGAUUCAGUAGCUGGUGAAGAAGAACAACAAGACUGCUUCGCCGCUGAAUUCAGACGUAUGAAGUUGAAGGGAGAAUUCCCUUGCAGACUCUGUACAGCUGUAUUCCCAAAUCUUCGAGCUCUGAAGGGUCACAAUCGGUCUCAUCUGUCGUCAAGCGUCGGAAUAUUUCGUUGUAACAUGUGUCCUUACUCAAACCCUGACAAGGCUACUUUGGUUCGUCACAUGAGAACCCACAACGGAGACCGUCCAUAUGAAUGCGCUCUGUGUAACUAUGCCUUUACGACAAAAGCAAAUUGCGAGAGGCAUCUGAGAAACAGACAUUCCAAACUAUCAAGAGAGGAUGUAAAGAAAUCCAUUAUUUAUCAUCCUUCAGAAGACCCGACUAACGAUCCUGAUCUUCAAGCAAAAUUACAGGUCAGAGAAGAUGUGAAGAGGUCUCUGGUUUUUACAAACCGGCACUCAUCCUCUCUGGAAGAUCUGAGCGCUACUGAACAUUCCUCAAAAUAUCAGCAUUCCUUGGACGAGUGCAAGAGGAGUAACUCCGCAGAUGAGCAAUCGAAAACAUUACAGCGAUAUGAAGAAUUCAAACAUGAGCCUAGACGAACCAAGUCAGCGCACCAAAACAUGGUAGAACAUCAGUCAUCGUGGGAGAAAACCCAAGAAGUUGCAACGAUGACGACUAACGUGAGAGAUGAAGAUGAAGUAGAAGAUCAAGAGACCAGCCAUGACGGUGACUUCAUUAAGGAAAGAGAAAGCAAUGAUAACAUAUCAAGCAUCGAAGCCCUAGUCAAUUUAACCAAAAAUAAGAACAAUACUUUUCCAAAGCUACCUGUAACUGAAAACCAAAGAUUUCCAAACAAAGAAUCCAUGGAAAUGACAUCACUACGACAUUCUCUAAGUUCUUUUCCAUCUCCAGAAAGAGAUGUGGAUUCUCCCCUAGAUCUCAGUAUGGAUGCAUUGGAUUUGAGUAAAAAAAGAGAUCCCUUCAAAAAGAACUUCGCAGCAACUCCUACCAAAGAAUUAGAUAAUACAGAACCCCAGGAUCUGACCAAAAAAUGUCGAAGCAGCGAGUUCAACAACAACAACAACAACAAAAACAGAUCUUCUUCCACUGUUUUUCAGUCCAAGUCAGAACAAAGCCUUAAUGGUCGUCAGCUCGGUCCCUCGGCUAAACAGACACUUGCUUCCAGCAGGGGCACUGCCAUGUCACCUCAUGAGAACAGUUCGAGUCCCACCACUCUCCCAAAGCUGGAUAUGAACUCUACAGCAUCCACAGGUUUCUAUGGAAAUCCGCAGCUAAACCACUUGUAUCUAAACAACAACAGCUUUCCGUUCCAUCAUGCACAGCAUCCGUUCGCCUUGCACCCUUACUUCAUGCCGCACACACCUGCUAUGAUGCAGAAUUCAAAUAUGGAGGAGUUCAGAUCACGUCUACACAAGGAACUGAUCAACAAUUUGCAACUCUCUGGCGGAACGAUUUUUGACUCCAUGAUGGUUUCAACAGCCGAAAGGCUACAAGCAAUUCACAAUCAAGCAUUUUCAGACUACUCAAGAGGAAAAUCUGAUGGGAAGAUGGGUUAUGGCGAUGUAAAUGUCGAAGAAACCAGACAACAGCAGGCAAUCCCACCUGAGGAUUUUGACAAGUCUGCCUCGGGCAGUGGCGUCAGCAAGACACCACCUAUAUUGAAGGUGUCUGUAGCGCCGAAGUCAGCAAAGGAAAGGGACAACUCAUCUGUGAAAAUGGUGAUUAAGAACGGGGUCCUUAUGCCCAAACAGAAGCAGAGAAGGUACAGAACAGAGCGCCCAUUUGCCUGUGAACAUUGCUCGGCACGUUUUACACUCCGCUCGAACAUGGAACGUCAUAUUAAACAACAGCAUCCUCAGUACUGGACGCAGAGGCAGAGGAGCAAUGUUGGAAGUUCUGGUCCUGGAAGGAGAAGUCACACUAUUCCUACCAGCCUGACCAUGAACCUCAACAUUCCAAGUAAUCAGGAUGUGGCACGGAAAAGUAUACCUUCGGAUGCUGACGGCCUCGGUACUCCGCCCAAGAAUAACAUACUGACGCAGCACAUACCGACAAUCAUCAACGUUCCAGAUCCAUCAAACAACUAUCAGAUUUCUCAUUUGAUUCGAGAUGACUUUCAUCCUGACAGGGGAGACGGAGAUGCUCGGCAUCAGAUAAUGGUACCAAAGAUAAAGGACGAGAUUACCACUGACUCAACACUGGCAGAAAUUGUCCAGAAAACCAAAGAUAAUUCUAGUAUCAUAAUUAAUAAUAAUAAGAAUCUUAACAAUAAUAACAACAACAACAACAAUAAUUAUAGUAAAGCGUUCAUAUCUGAAGAAGUAAAAUAUGCUAUAGCUCAGCAGCUGAAAUCAAAAUUGAACCACCCUGUUCCUACAGUGAGUGGAGCUGAAGUGACUGAGAAAAGUCAAGAAGAAGGUAGGAAAGAUGUGGAUGAGGAUAAUGAUGAUGAGAAUGAAUUAGUGAUUGAUGAGGAAAAUGAUGUUGAAGAAGAAGGUGCAGAGAAAAAACAAUCAAAGGAGGAAACCAAAGAGAAGUUCAGUGACAGCAGGAGUAGAGUAGGAGUGACUGUCAGCGCGAAAGAUUUGGACCUAGCGAGCGUCUCGCGGCUUCUGGAUAAUGCGACGACUCACACUCAGGCUUUCCAGCGCUACUUUCGAGGUACCCAGGAUGGAGAAGAUGCCUUGGAGGGGAGUGAGGAAGAUGAAGAAGGACUUGUCGCAGGCAGCAAUAGCGAAGGCAACAAUUCGGGCAGCGAUGAAAACAAGUCAGAAUGUGAGCUGCCCAACACGAACAUCAGAAACACUGGCGUUGAAAAGAAGAAAAGUGCAUAUUCACUAGCACCAAAUCGUGUGUCAUGUCCAUACUGCCCACGGACAUUCCCUUGGUCAUCAUCCCUAAGGCGUCAUGUUUUGACACACACCGGACAGAAGCCUUACAAAUGUCCACACUGUUCACUCCUCUUCACUACCAAGUCAAAUUGUGACCGCCACCUGCUCCGCAAACACGGCGGACAAUCUGCCUCUUCAGCAUCUCAAGGUGGGGGUUCAUCGUCAAGUUCAGAGACUUCGCCUGGUUCGACUUCAGGAAACUACACCAUGAGGAAUGUUCCUGAGAGGCCAUACAAAUGCAAUUACUGUCCGAGCUCAACAUUCUCAACACAGAGCAAUCUGAAGAAGCAUGUGCAGACAAAACACAACCCACUGAGUCCUGCAACUGCGGCUCAACCCCUCACACCCAGGACCGUAAUCUCUGCAGAUGAGGGCUGUAAUGUGAGCAUUGCAGACGGUAGUCGCCCUGAGAGCCGAUAUGAGGGAGAUGAGAGUCACGGUAGUGGUAGUGAGGACACCAAUGAUGACAGGGGAACUUCCCAGUUGGAACAUAGCCUUAGGCAGCAAGAAAAUGAUGAACACACCGUUCAAAACUUGUCAUCGGCACCUGCAGAUUGCCAGAGGGGCCAGUUUCAAAGUAGUAAUUUGGCAGACGGUUCACUGAUGGGCACAAAAGCCUAUACAUCUGCGCAGGCAUCUUCAGCUGCAGAGCCUCACACAGGCAACACUAGUGGCACGAUAUCCUCAGCGGACCUGCCAUUCAAGUGCCACCUGUGUGAAGGUAGUUACGCGGAACGUCAGGAGGCUCUCGAGCACAUUCGUGAGAGCCAUCCAUCAGAGUUUGAGCUUCUCAUGUCAAAAGGAGCUCUUGACUCCAGUUCCAGCACUGGAACUGAGGAUAACAACAAUGUUAGGAACACUCCAACACCACACCCUGAUGAUGGCACUGCAGGAGGUGAAGAGAGUCUGGAGCAGUUACGUGGAAAAUUCCCAGACUAUGCCAACAGAAAGGUGAUGUGUGCUUUCUGCAUGCGACGGUUCUGGUCCGCAGAGGACUUGCGGCGUCACAUGCGAACCCAUACAGGCGAACGUCCCUUCUCAUGUGACAUCUGUCGACGCCGUUUCACACUCAAACACAGCAUGUUACGGCAUCGCAAGAAGCACAACAACUCUACUCCCAUCUACAACUCUUCAGCAAAUUCAACUGAAGAUAUGUCUGUGGUAAGUGGAGAUGAGGAGCAUCCUAGCAGUGGUACCACACUGCGUAACAUGCUCCAUCGUCAUACCAAGAAGCACCACUCAGGAGAAGAUACAACUGGAGUCAGCGGAGAUGAGGAAGUUGGCUCAUCCUUAUCAGGAUCUGUUGAUGGGAAAGCAUUUAAGAUGACAAAUCACAAUAAUAACAACAUAACGACCGUGUCUGCAGCUAAAAGAAUGAAUCACUGGGAUGAUGAUUCUGAAAAUUUUACGGCUUCUGCCGCAGCAAAGAUUCUAAGCUCAAAGUUUUCAUUGUGUACAACUGAAGCUACAGACAGGAGGGAUGAAACAGAUGAUGAUAAUACAGACCUAAUUGGAAACUUGCUUGGGAUUCAGGGAUCAAUAAUCGAUAAGGUUCUGCAGUCAACGUCUGCUGCUGAUGAGGCUGCCAGGCUGCUUGGAGUUCAGAAUGGAGAAAAUCAGGAAUAAGAGACCGUCAUUUAUGGAAACAAACAGGUUUUGGUUGUUUUCAUUAAUAUCUUUCUGUUACUUGUUUUUAUGAGGUAAAUGUACCCUAGUCAGAAAUGAGCUGCUGUUAGAAUCAUCUCAGAAGUAUAUAUUAUAUAUUAGUCUCUGUACAGCCACAGAGAAUCUGCAGCCUUACUGUUCGUGGAUCGGUUACUGAUGUUUCAGGGAGCUCAGAAGUAGAUUCUUUGAGGCCUUAUUUGUAUUGCCUUAAAUUACUGUGGCCUUGAUUAUUAAGAGCCCAAACUGUAAAGCAAAUAUAAGAAAGAACGUCUUUAUAAGGUUGUAUAAAACUUUUGAUAUUUAAUAGCUAGGUACUGGAUUUCAAGUCUGGUGUUAAGAACUGUAUAUUUGAAAGUACUAUUAUAGUAAGGAAAGGAGAAACCUUUUUAAAAAGUGAAAACUGAAUGCAUUUUUUGUUUUUUUGUUUUUGUUUUGCACUUUUCAUGGUUGUGUUACUUCUUAUCACAUUCCAUGGUGUUUUCAGUUAAAAUGCCAUUUUAUUAACACCUUCAAUAAGAUCAAAGAUUAUUUUUAGUAAAUGUAAUUUAUUUUCUUUUUUCAGUAUUUUUAAUUUGUUGGGUUUCAAGUUGAGUACUUAUUUAUAUAUAUUUCUUGUAUUGUCGUGUGUUUUGUCUAUUUUUUGUAUAAGCUGGCAUUUGCUUUACUUCAUGAAGACUUGUUUCAUCAUAUGGGUUGAUGAAAAAGUCAGUGAAUCUUCAAUUUCCUUGUCAGAGCAUUUCUUGUUGUUGUUCAAGACAAUAUUAAAUGCUUCUUGUGCCUUUUGUACUUUUCUUCAUUUGUUUCUUGACGUUUUGAGAACCCUGUAUGCUGAGAGGACCGACAAGGAACAAGGUCCUUAGUGCAUAUAAUUUAGUGGUUCCCGCACUGUGGUUCAGAAACUCCUUUCAGAGUGUGCAAAAAUCAGAGGUUUUACUGGAAAAAGGAAAUGUAACAGAUUAUUUUGUGUGACUAUUAUUUGAGAACAAAUUUAAACAUAUGCCAGGUGAAGGGGUUCAAUGAAAUACAUAAAGAGAGAAACUUUUGAAGAAGAAAGUUUAGUUUUAUAUGAGGGUCUCAUUUUUAAAUAAAAACGUUUGUUUUGUGGUAAGGUUUGACAAAUCUGUCUGUGAUUGAAAAUUGCCGUUUUGCUGUUGGCGUUAGACGAAUGCAUAGUUGCAGAUUAUUCGUAAAAGUUUAGUAGUUGCAAUUGUAUCAGACUUAAUAGUAUGACUGUAACAAACAGAUUCAGAUGUAUUAGUCAGAGAAAACAAUAUUUCAACAGUUUGUCUUUGUUUAAACGUUACACUUGUGAUGAAGAAUCAAACAUUUUAGCUGUAUGUUGUCUUAUAUUUGUGUUAAAUAAACACUAUAUAAACUCAUGCUGUCAUUUUGGAAAAUGGUUUCUCUUCAAAAUCACUGCAUGAAUACAUUCAGAAUGUUUGUAGAUAUCAGUUCUGGUAUCGCAUAAAAUAGAAAAGUUGAAAGAAAACUCAUCAAGGUGACAGUAACUUAAAUGAAAACCAAUUUCAUUAAUGUAUAUCCACUAUUGGAAAAUAUGUGGCAUAAGAAAAUGUAUACAUAUUUCAGUGACAAAAAAUAUGCAGUUUAUAAUUUAGCAAGAGAUGAUAUUUGGCAUGUACAAAAGUGUGUGCCACUUGGUUAAAUAUUGCAUAUUUUCAUAUUGGCUGCUCUUAACAUCUAGGUACUCCUGACAAUGAUAAACAGCUGAGCAAUAAACUUGUACUAAGAUUUCUGCUAGAAUGGCUGCACAGGCUUGCUCAAUUUUAUGCCAAAGUUGUUGGAGUGUUUCUGGUCAUUAUCCCACAUGGACUGCCCAGGGCACUAACCCAGGCCUCUGUAGUGAGAAACUGGGAGCUGAGCCUUGUCAAAUAAUUUAAAUAUUCCUGUGAUGGCAGCAUAAAGCAGAACCUGACAUACAUUCCAGUACAAAAUCAACCAUAUGCAAAUACUAGAAAGAUCAGUCAGUUUUAAUACAUAAAGCCUCAGUUUCAUUCAAAUGCAGAAAUGUCCGCAAAAUAUAAGUGCCAUUAAGUCAUGUAAUAUAGCUCUUUGUAAUGGAAUAGGAAACUUGGCAUCAGUGAAAGAAUGUAAGGAUAUUUACUUUUCUUACCACAAUUAGUAAUAUGAGAAAUGGGAGAGAAAGUUCUUAUUUUCAUCUUACCAAGCACCCGUGGAAUAUCUUGAAAAUUACUCGUGCAGAGAAUUCCAAAUGUCAGUGAACAAAGUGGUAUUUCUAAUGUACUGAAGAAAUGAAUCAGCAUUUGUAGAUAAGUCACAAAGAACAUGAAUACAUGUGACUUUAGCAUCAGGGAAGUGUACUACAUGUGUAUGUGUUUUUAUAUAUAUUUAUGAGGCAUUAAAAAUUGCCGUAUUUCAAAAUUUGAUGCCAGUUGCACUUAUUAACUAACAAGGAGGAAUUAGGUACAAAAUUAAAAUGUUUAAUCCACUGUAUUUCAUUAGCUUUUCAAAUACUCAGGAGAACAGCUUAUUUCCAGGGAGAAACCGAACUUGCAAUUGGUCACUUUUUGACACAGCCGAGUGUUAAAAAACUUUAUGUCCAGUAGCAUCUCUGUCACUCUUUAAGUUACCAGUAUUGGAAAAUACCAAGCAAACCUAUAUCACAUAAUGUUCAAUGAGAACAUGUUGGCAAUACUACAAUUAAUAACUAGUGUUUGUUAAUGAAAUGGUUGGCGAAUAUGCGUUUGAGCAAUCAUUUUGGAAUCUAAAUUAUGUAGUGUCUUGUAUCUUGUGAUUAUUUGUUUGUUGUGUUUGUAUGGUGUGAAAGGAGAGAGACUGUAAAUAGUCAAUUGCAUGCAUUAGAUCGUAUAUUAGUCAUUGUCUAUGUGAACUUUGUAAUUGAAAGUGAAAAAUUCACAUUUUCUUGUUUAUUAGAGUGGGUGGGUGAAAAGUGUGAUUUUUUUAAGUAAUAAGUAAUUCUUUUUAAAUGAUACUGUUAGUGCCUGCACCAUAAUCUUAUGAUUCUAUGAACACACAAAGUGUGAUGUGUACAGUACACAUUCCAGUUUUAAAGAAAUAUUUCUCUUAAUGUAGAUCUGUUUGCCCGCAUUUUGUUCUUAGUGUUUGCAUUUUCUUUUAUCAUGAUUUCCUUUACUUUAGGGUGCACCAUAUCAAUAUAUUUUGAAAACUUUUCAAGUGCCAGUAAAAUUGGUGCACGUGUGCAUCUUUGUGUUUGCGUGUGCAUGCAUAUAAAUACGAGAGAGGUAAGAGUCAGGAAGCUAUAAUAUAUAAAAUGCUCUUGGCAGUAAUUGAAAACAUUUUGUAGGAUUUACUGCUUGAAACCUAGAGAUCAUCUUGUGUCUGAUGAAAAUGGAAAGAUUAAUGUGUGUAUCAGACAUGUAUCAGGUCAACUGCAUCCUCAUUUCUUAUUUCUUUCACGGUUAUUUCUUUUCCAAAUGCAUUCACAGUUUUUGUAAGCACAUUCCAUUACUUUAGUAGUUACAUAAUUUUGUAAAAAUGUAUCAUUCAAGAAUUGAUGAAAAUGCUCUGGAUUUUAUCUUAUUUUACAUUCAUUAUCAAAUUUAGAAUUUGAAACAAGUUUGGAACACUUGGGAAAUAUGUAUGAUGAAAAGCCAUUGCUUGCAACUUGAUGCUUGUAGAUCAAAAGUGAUGUUUGAAGACACAGACUAUUUUGAGGGAAGUGUGAUAGUGGGGGAACAUUAAAAGAACCAUUUGCAUAUAGCAAUGAAUUUCUUCUCCAGUUACACACAGUGGCCCCAUUGGACACAGUUUUUCAUAAAACUUGAUUUUUAAUAAUGCUUAAACAGUUCUGGAUAUAAAUUCAUAAAUUAAUCCAUUAAUGUUAAACUGCUCUGAACACAGGAGUAUGGUGCAUCCUUAAUUUUGACAAUUUUUUUCAUAACAUUCAUGAAUAGAUAUCAUAUAUGGAGAUUUUCAGGAACUUUCCAAAGUAAACAGGUCAUAUUAUUUAAAUAGAUGAAUGUGUUGUUCAGUAAUAUUUAUGUGUAUGUUUCUUUCUGGGGAUACUUACUGUAUGUAGUAUGUCAAAUUAUUGUUUUUCAUGUAAUUUUGGCAUUCUUUGUGAUCAUCUCAUAGAAAUUAUGAAAUGAAGUACUAGUAAGUAUUACAGAUGUGUGCAUUGUAUAUGAACUUAAUUAUGUGUCCUCUUCACAAAAGUUACAUUUCUUUCAUUAUUGUUAGUUUAAGAUACCUCACUCAGUUUUAAGUGCAUUUAAUAUGUGUGCUUCAAACACAUUAAUAAAUGAGGCUUUUUGUUUGUGUGUGAGUGUGUAAAUAUUUAUAUUAUAUAAAUUUAGAUUAUUAUAUGAAACAAUAGUCAGAAUAUUUAAGGUAAUUUAAAGUGUUCUGUUGUAUAUAAAAUGUUAUAUUUCAAAGUUGACUCUUUUCAAAUUUCUUAUCAUCACUCUUCUUUGACACACUAAUAAAAGUUUCACAGUGAUCA